UUUUAUUGUUUUCUUUUGUGAUUUCUUGUUAAUUUUUUUCCUUGAUAGCUUGCUUAUCUUCUAAUAUCAUUAAUGUGUAUGUGUGUAAAAUUUGUGAUGUCAUAUUUUCUUAUGAAAUUUUAUGCAUACACGAUGCUUAAAAAAAGCGAUUUUGUUAUCAUUACAAUAAUCCUGAGUGAUACAGCAAAUUGUAACAUAUUUGGUUUUCCCGUUUCUAUGCGACGCUGGGAACGAAUACUGUCAAUAUUUUUGGAAAUCGUCAUUAAUGUUCAAAAAACUAAAUUAUUUGUCUUUGUUUCAAUUCUUAAGUAAUGUAUCAGAUGGUGUGGGAGCCUUCCGAUCAAGAGAAGUUAUUUAUAUGAAAGAACAAAGUCAGCUAGAUUUCGAAAGUGGGAAGGAUAAAGACGAUAACGAUGGCCACUACCAGGCAUCGCAUCCAACGUCUUAUUUGGAUACCAUGCUUCAUAUUUUCCGCGGUAACAUCGGAUCUGGUCUGCUGGCUAUGGGUGACGCCUUCAAGAACGGUGGCAUCAUCUUUUCACCUAUCAUGACAGCUAUCAUUGGAAUUAUUUGCGUACACGCACAGCAUUUGCUGUUGAAUUGUUCAGAAGAAAUGUAUCGGGAAACAAAGCGACCAAAACCACCGGGUUUUGCUGAUACAGUGUCCUUGGUAUUUCAAUAUGGACCUGUCAGACUACGACCACUCGCAUCUACAAUGCGCAUCAUGGUCAACACAUUCCUAUGCAUCACUCAACUCGGAUUCUGCUGCAUCUACAUAGUUUUCAUAGGGAAUAAUAUUAAAAUGAUUUGCGACCAGUACGGAGUUGAGAUAAGCCUAUCUGUUCAUAUGAUAAUAGUCAUAUUUCCUAUACUCCUUGCGUGUAUGGUGAGAAAUCUCAAAUAUCUGACGCCAUUCUCGACGAUUGCAAAUGUGUUGAUGGCAGUGGGGGUGGGUGUGGUAUUGUAUGAAGCGGCACAGGACCUUCCAUCUGUGGAUUCCAGGACUUACCUGGCAGAGUGGCAACAAUUACCCUUAUAUUUUGGUACUGCAAUCUAUGCCUUCGAGGGUAUUGGCUUGGUUUUACCCUUGAAAAAUGAAAUGAGAAAACCGGAACAGUUCCAGAAGCCCUUAGGUGUUCUUAACGUAGGUAUGGCUGCUGUCGGAUCCGUGUUCAUCUCGAUGGGAUUCUUGGGAUACUUAAAAUGGGGAGAUGAUGUAGCCGGUAGUUUAACACUCAAUCUACCACAGGGAAAAGUACUUAGUUCCGUGGUACAAGGAUUAAUAGCGCUGGUGAUGCUCCUCACUUACCCUCUUCAAUUCUAUGUACCGAUUUGUAUCAGCUGGCCAGGCCUGCGCAAACGCUUGAGUCCAAACGGUCUAGUUGCCAAGGAACUGGCCUACAGAGCAGUGAUAGUCAUGCUCACUUUUAUCGUCGCUGAAUCGAUACCAGAGUUGGGUCUUUUCAUUUCUCUGGUCGGAGCGAUCAGCAGCACAGCAUUAGCGUUGAUGUUUCCACCUCUCAUUCAACUCGUCCACGAGGCACACAGGAACCGGCUCUCCGCUUUCCUCAUCACCAAAAACUGUAUCAUCAUCCUCUUGGGCGUCUUCAUCUUCACUACGGGCACAUACGAGAGUAUGACGGCGAUAGUCAGCUUCUUUAGAAAAGGAUCAUAAUUAAUAUAUCAAAAGAUAAUUUUCUGUGGAAUAUAGUCAUAUAAUAUAGUUGCAUUUUUAUAAUAAGAUUAAUACGAAUCAUGGUACAUAAGACACUAAAGUCGACGCAUUAUGAACAUUAUGCUUCGGGUCAUGAAUCAUAUUUAUCAGCCUGUCUCGCUCGCACUUACAGGUCUUAUGGAGAGGUGUAGUGAUGUGCGUAAGAAUUGUAUAUGCAUAUCGAUAACGGUAUAAGGACGAUCGAUAUGCUAAAUUAUGUAAAGUAUUGAUAGUAAUAAUUUGUCGCCAUCUGAAAAUAAAAGUUUUUAACCUGUAAGAUAAAAUGUUUGUUUCGAUGUAAUCAUAGAGAAACAGCAUAUACUGUUCGUAUUGCGUAACGAAACGUAAGUAAUUCAAUGAGUGUCAUAACAAAAUUCUUAUGUUUAUAGAAAAACAACAAUCCUUACUCGUAACGACCAAUCAGCAGUCAGAGUGCUAAUGAAGGUCACGAUGACGCAUCGACCCCUCGUGCGCAGCUAAGUAUCGUAGCUAUACAUUGCGUGCACAUUUUUCUGUCAGUGCAUCAGUAACAAAGACAGAGGUGUCAUUGUGCACAGACUCCAGACCACUACCACGUCGCUUUCGGAAAUGGGGCUUCCAAAUAAAUCCUGAGAAAAGCGUAGCAGUUCUCUUUGCCAGGGGAAACUCGGGUGCGUGGGCCACUUCUCGGGAAAAAUUCACCUCAAUAAAGAGGUAACCCUAAAAUUGUAAACACGGGCAAACGAUCCCUUAGCAAAAGUCCGUUACGUAUCUAGGAGUCACGCUCGAUAGCGGCAUGUCUUUCCGUAAGCAUAUAGUCGUCGUUUGCAAGAAGGCCUCUUUUGUCCUCUCUCGCAUCAUUCCUCCUAAAUAAAAGAAGACACAUGUCCCUUAGACACAAAGUGACAUUGAACAAGGCCUGCAUCCGACUGUGCAUGACAUACGCUAGCGUAGUCUUUGCGCACUGUGCCACCUCCCAUAUACACCGGCUACAGGUGCUUCAGUCGCGAUUCAUGAGAACGGCGACCGGUGCGCCCUUCUACGCACGAAACGUCGAUCUCUACCACGACCUGGAGCUCCCUACCAAUGGAUGAAGUUGGUGUCCACACGCCACUUCGACAAGGCUAAACACCAUCCCAACCCAUCGGUGCAUAAAAGCAUCAACUACUACCCUUUCCCGACAAAAAAGGCUCGUAGGAGGCCCCGACACAUACUAACGGAUCCGGAUGAUCCAAUUACCGUAGCUAACAACAAAUUAAAAGCCACCCGCGCGGCCUAAUAAAAGUAAUA